CCACAUCCUACACCCUUGCUGAGAGCAGAAGAGAACGCAAGAUGCUCAAUACACUUGAAGCAUCGAGCUAGCUCUGCAAAAUCCGUCUAGUUGAAUUUCAUGGAUAGCCCAAAGUUGCAAAAACUUCCUGUCAUCAACUUCGGCCAGGAGAAUUUGCAGCAUGGCACAAAAAGCUGGUCCUUGGCACGCAACGAAGUCCGCCACGCUCUUGAAAAGUGCGGUUGCUUUCUUGCUGUGUAUGAUGCAGUUUCUUUCAAGUUGAGGGAUUCAGUAUUUUCUGCGCUAGAAAAACUGUUCGAUCUUCCCGUGGAAACAAAAAAGAAGAACACUUCUGAUACGCUUUUCUUUGGUUAUAUUUGCGACGACCGUGACCCAUCUAUUCGUGAGAACAUGGGAAUCGAAAAUUCAACCGACAUAGAAGAAGUCAAGAAAUUCUCUAAGCUCAUGUGGCCCCAAGGAAAUGAUGACAAUUUCAGUGGGAUCAUCCAUGAAUGUGCAAAUCUGUUGUCGGAGUUGGAACAAGUGGUGAUUAGAAUGGUUUUCGAAAGCUAUGGGGUAGAGAAGCUGAAGUGUGAUUCUCACAUAGAUUCAAUCGUGUACGUGCUUCGGUUCAACAACUACAAGGCGCCUGGAGUAGACGAGAGAACCGUGAUUGCUCCCCCUCAUACUGAUAAGUGCCUCAUCUCAAUUCUUGCUCCGAGUCAAGUUAACGGAUUGGAGGUAAACUUGAAGGAUGAGCAGUGGAUCCCUGUUGACUUCUUGCCUUCAUCAUUCGUUGUUAUGGCAGGAGAUGCAUUAAUGUUUGGCAGGCAUGGAGCAACGACAGAAUACGACCUUGUCUUCAUCGAGUUCAAAUGAACGCGAACGCAAGAAGAUCCUCAGUGUUGAUGUCCUCUUACCACAAGGGGGUCGUGCACAUUCCUCAGGAGUUGAUUGAUGAUCAGGAAAAUCCACAGCGCUAUAAGCCAUUUGAUCACCUGGAAUACCAUAAUUUCUUAAAGAAAGAAUUGGAAACUGGGCAGCACGUUCAGUGUGACGCCAUCAAGAGAUAUUGUGGUGUUUGAAUUGAAGUACCAUGAUCCUUUAAGAGGGGUGGAUCUCUUGUAUUGUGCAUAUGGCUGCGGAUCAUGAUAAAGCAUGCAUAUCCAUCUUAGCUAAACCAUCCAACAAUCAUUUUCUCCUCUUCAUUAACCUUCCAGUAUUUGAAUACCAGAUGUCAAUUUCCCUUCAGAUCAAGAGAAUCUUUCAGUACAAGUAAAUUAUAUUCGCCCUUAAUAAGCCACUAAUUCUAGUCCAUUAAUGGUGAGGCGAACUCUUUUCAGCUUCAUUUCUUUCUAAAAAUAAUACAUUUAUGUACUGCGUGACGGAUUCUUAAUUCUUGAGUCCAAGCUUUUUUGUCUUCUUAUUUGUCGAGAUGGAUGAAAAGCUUUUUGUCUUCUUUUGA